UGCAAGUCAUCGAUGAGGAUGAGCCUUUUGUUUAGCUGUCAGAACCUGCCAAACGCAUUAGCGGGCUAAAUGCAUCAGUACACGCGGAGAACUUGCAGUCAGUUGUACUCUCCAGUCUGAUGAUGGCUAGCGUUGAUGGCUGAAAGAGCUACACACACAUUCCCUGCUUUUUGUAUUUGAUACUUUUGUGUAAUCACCUACUCAUAUUACUUUGUUGUGAUUACAUUGUAGUUAUUCAUCUGGGCAUACAUUGCAUUCGUUUGCAGAUACAGAUAUUUAUUUAGAAUGGGGCUCAGAGCCCGCGAGCUAGCAGAUUAGCUCUCAGAGGAAAGUGAGCCUCAACGGAUGCACACAAGGUUUUCUUUGUACAGCUAAGCCAGUCCGAGGUCUGAGGGCCUAAUAGGCAACAUUUCCAGUUGAACAUUUAUAAAGGGUUAUCUUUAUUAAGCCCCAGAUAUGUCAGACAGUGCAGGGCUGCAGUUUGUCAGCUCCUAUGCCUUUGAGGCCAUGCAGAAGGUGGACGUUGUGCGUCUGGCAGCCCUCAGUGACCCAGAGCUGAGGCUGCUGCUGCCCUGCCUGGUGAGGAUGGCUCUGUGUGCCCCAGCAGACCAGAGCCAAGCCUGGGCGCAGGACAAGAAGCUCAUCCUACGCCUGCUCUCAGGGGUGGAGGCAGUCAACUCCAUUGUGGCACUCCUGUCCGUCGAUUUCCACGCUCUGGAGCAGGACGCCCGCAAGGAGCAACAGCUGAGACACAAGGCAGGGGGCUCUAAUGGAGAGAGCAUCCUAGUGUCCCAGCUCCAGCAUGGCCUCACCCUGGAGUUUGAACACAGCGACCCUCUCAGGAGACUAAGGCUCGCCCUCAGCGAACUGCUGGCCAUAAUGAACAAGGUGACUGACUCCAAUGGAGAGUUUUUCAUGAAGUCCUCUGAGCUGUUUGAGAGUCCUGUGUACCUGGAAGAAGUGGCCGAUGUGCUCUGUAUCCUACAAGCAGAGCUGCCCUCCCUGCUGCCGAUCAUAGACGUGGCAGAGGCUCUGCUGCACGUGCGCAACGGUGACUGGUUCCUGUGUCUGCUGGUCGCCAACGUCCCCGACAGCUUCAACGAAGUGUGCAGGGGCUUGAUCAAGAACGGGGAGCGUCAGGAUGAGGAGAGCAUGGGGGGCCGUCGCAGGACGGAGGCCUUGCGGCAGCUGUGUCAGAUGAACCCCUCCCAGGCCCUCAACAUCAGAGCCAUGGUGGUGGAGGAGUGUCACCUGCCGGGCCUGGGGGUGGCCCUGACCCUGGACUACAAGCCGGACACGGCGGAUGACGCCGUCAGCCCCCUGGUCUCCUACGUGAGCGGCCUGCUGCUGGGCACCAACGGGAAGGUCCGCACCUGGUUCAGCAUGUUCAUCCGCAACGGACAGCAGCGUAAGAGGGAGAGCAGCUCUGUGCUGUGGCAGAUGCGCCGGCAGCUGCUGCUGGAGCUGGGCAUCCUGCCGCGCUCCCGCAGCACCCACGUCCCCAACGACAGCGAGAGCGACGCCGAGAGCAUCGGGUACUCGGGCCUCCGCGAGGAGCACGUGGUCAAGGCCAGCGCCCUGCUGCGGCUCUACUGCGCCCAUGGCAUCGCGGGCCUCCGGCCCACCGAUGAGGAGGCGGAGCAGCUUCUCCAGCUGAUGACCAGCCGCCCCCCGGCCACUCCUGCCGGGGUGCGCUUUGUCUCCCUGUCCUUCUGCAAGCUGCUGGCCUUCCCCACCCUGGUCAGCACCCCAGAGCAGGAGCAGCUGAUGGUGAUGUGGCUCAGCUGGAUGAUCAAGGAGGAGGAAUACUUUGAAAGUGCUGCGGGCGUAGCUGCUUCGUUCGGAGAGAUGCUGUUACUGGUUGCCAUGUAUUUCCAUAGCAACCAGCUCAGCGCCAUCAUCGAGCUGGUGUGCUCCACUUUGGGGAUGAAGAUCGCCAUCAAGCCCAGCUCCCUGAGCAAGAUGAAGACCAUCUUUACCCAGGAGAUCUUCACCGAGCAGGUGGUGACUGCCCAUGCCGUGAGGGUGGCCGUCACCAACAACCUGAGCGCCAACAUCACAGGGUUCCUGCCCAUCCACUGUAUCUACCAGCUGCUCCGCAGCCGGGCCUUCACCAAGCACAAGGUCUCCAUCAAGGACUGGAUCUACCGGCAGCUGUGUGAGACGUCCACGCCCCUCCACACCCAGCUGCUGCCCCUCAUAGACGUGUACAUCAACUCCAUCCUCACCCCCGCCUCCAAGGCCAACCCCGAGGCCACCAACCAGCCCAUCACCGAGCAGGAGAUCCUCGCUGUCUUCCUGGGCUCUGCACCCGGCGAGGGAGGGCGAGGUCGCCAGCGCUACAGCAUCACCACCCAGCUGUUGAUCCUCUACUACAUCCUGUCCUACGAGGAAGCCCUCCUGGUCAGCACCAAGGCCCUGGCUCUGAUGCAGAGGAAGCCCCGGUCCUACUCAGCCACUCUGAUGGACCAGAUCCCCAUCAAGUACCUCAUCACCCAGGCCCAGGGGCUCCAGCAGGAGCUGGGAGGCCUCCACUCGGCCCUGCUGCGCCUGCUGGCCACCAACUACCCCCACCUGUGCAUGGUGGAGGACUGGGUGUGCGAGGAGGAGGUGACGGGCACCCUGCCCCUGCUGCGCAGGAUGCUGCUCCCCAGCAACACCUGCAGAUACUCCCAGAGCCAGCUGCACGAGGCCUUCCAGAAGCUUCCGUCUAGCGGGCCCAGGCUGAUGCGGAUCCUGGAGCACCUGACUCUGCUGUCGGCGGGGGACCUGAUGCCCUACGCCGAGGCCCUGACGGGCAGCAUGACCCUGCUGCUGCAGCCAGGGGUCCCCAGGCGCAUCCUCCAGACCCUCAACAAGCUGUGGAUGGUCCUCAACACCGUCAUGCCCCGCAGGUUGUGGGUGAUGACGGUCAACGCCCUGCAGCCCUCGGCCAAGAUGGCGAGGCAGCAGACGUACAGCCAGAACGACCUGAUGGUGGACCCCCUCAUCGUGCUGCGCUGCCACCGCAGGGUGUACAGGUGUCCUCCCCUGAUGGACAUCGUCCUCCACAUGUUGAACGGCUACCUGCUGGCCUCCAAGGCCUACCUGAACUCCCACCUGAAGGAGACGGCCGAACUGGACAGGCAGAGUCAGACCAUCUCUAACCUGGGCCUCACGGGCCAGCCCGACACCCCCGAGGUCACGCGCGAGGAGCUCAAGAACGCCCUGCUGGCUGCUCAGGACAGUGCAGCGGUGCAGAUCCUGCUGGAGGUGUGUCUGCCCUCCUCGGAGGGCCAGCAGCUGGGCUCGGAGGGCGAGAGCCUGCUGAGCAGCGUGAGGGGCCCCGCGGGGCCCGGGGGGGCCGAGGGCGAGCCGGAGGGGGGGCUGCUCAGCGACCUGAGGGAGGUGCAGUGUCUCAUCUGCUGCUUGCUCCACCAGAUGUUCAUCGCCGAUCCCAACAUCGCCAAGCUAGUGCACUUCCAGGGCUACCCUCAGGCCCUGCUGCCCCUCACCGUGGCAGGCAUCCCCUCCAUCCACAUCUGCCUGGACUUCAUCCCCGAGCUGCUGGCCCAGCCUCAGCUGGAGAAGCAGAUCUUUGCCAUACAGCUGCUGUCUCACCUGUGCACCCAGUACGCCCUGCCCAAGUCCCUGAGCGUGGCCCGCCUGGCCGUCAGCGUCAUGGCAACCCUGCUCACAGUCCUGACCCGGGCCAAGCGCUUCUCCUUCUUCAUGCCCACGCUGCCGUGCCUGGUGGCCUUCUGCCAGGCCUUCCCUCCCCUUUACGACGACGUGUCCGCCCUGCUGGUGCAGGUGGGCCAGGUGUGUGCCUCCGACGUGGCCACCAAGGCCAGGGACAUCGACCCCCUCAUCGCCCGCCUCCAGUACCUGAAGCAGAAGCCCCAGGAGGUGUUGGGCGCGGGGGCCUCCAAGCCGAGCCUGUCCCAGAGGACGGCAGAGCAGCUGGGGGGAGCCGACUCAGACGUCCAGCUCUGCUACCGCAUAGAGGCCACCUUCAUGGACAUCAUCAGCACCAGCCUGCAUGGCCUGUAGACACACACACACACACACGUGCGCAGACACUGAGGUUUCUAGACAGACGUGCUCACAGGAGCUGGAGGGGAGCUGGC